AUGAGUUUGUAUUUAAAAAAGACAUUUUUUAAAAAUUAUAAAACCAACUCAAAUUCUUUAUCAGAAUUUUCAUUUGAUAGCUAUAAGCACAAUAAUUUACCUUGUAAUAAAAAUUCUUUUAGUGAUAAUGAACAGAUAGGGUUGAAAUGUUAUAAUAAUAAAAGAAAUAGCACUUUUAAAAAAAUAAAAAAUAAAUAUAAUAAAGCAACUUAUCGUGAAGCGAAUGAAUGUAAAAUUAAAAAAAGCAAUUUCACACCAAAAAAUGAAUUAAAAAAAAAGCCCAACAUAAAUGAAAAGGAUCAUUGUUUUAAUGAAAUUUAUACAAUUUUUAACUAUGAUUACAUAAGAGUUAUUAGAAAUAUAAAAAAACUAAAGCAAGAAAAAGAUAAUAAAGAAAACAGUAAGUUUAAUGAGCUAUCCUAUUUUAAAAGUGAAAAAGAAAAAAUUGAUAUACUAAAUAAAAUUAAAAAUGAAAAAAUUAUCCAAUUUAAUCCAUUUAUGAUACAUAUAGAGAGUGAAUAUACUAUAUAUUCUAAAAAGUAUAAAAAAAUAAAUAUCAUCUAUGUAAAAGAAUAUGAUAAAAAAAAAAAAAAAUUUCUUGUAAAAAAAAAAGUUAAAAAAAUUUAUAAAUUUCCGAAUGAAAUUGUUUUUAGCCCAUUUUUAAAUAGCUUUAUAUGCUAUGAAAAUAUAGUAAAACUAGAAAAGUAUAUAACUAAAAAUUUAUAUCACGAAAAUAUUAUUAAAAUGCUAUCACAUUUUUAUUUUAAUGAUGAAAUUAUUACUUUUUAUGAAUAUGGAGGUACUUCUCUUAUGAAAUGGAAUAAAGAAAAAAAAAUUUUUCAGCUACAAGAAUUUCUAGAACAAAACGUAAAAAAGGAAAAAAAAAAAAAAAGGAAAAUAAAUAAUUCAUAUAAUAUCAUCAGUAAAGAGAAAAAAAGAAUAAAAUAUGAAAGUGAAAUUAUAGGGAAAGCAAAUAUAAUAAGACAACAAAACUCUUCUAUUGACUAUGAGAAUCACAAUAAAAUAAUCUAUCAAAAUAAGAAAAAAGCCAUUAAAAAUAACAUAUUAUUUUGUAAAAGAAAAGAAAAAGAAUCAAAAAAAAAAAAAAAAAAAAAAAAAAUUUUUGUAUAUCCAGAAUAUCUAAUAGCAGAAAUAUUAAGACAACUACUAAAAGUUUGUUUUUUUUUGUAUAAACAAAAAAUAUUUCAUAGCGAUAUUAAACCAUCUAACAUAGUAACAAAUAAUAUAAAAAAGAAAAAUUUAAACUCAAUUUAUUUUUGUAAAAAAACUAAUAAAUGGUAUAUAAGAAAAAAAGGAAAAGUAAUAAAAAAAAAUUUUUUUAUUAAACUAAUAGACUUUGAAUUCUCCCAAAAGAUUUAUGAAGAAAAGGCAAACACUGGUGGUACUACUUCUUUAUUUAAACCGUUAGAAGAUUUUCAAAAAAUGAAAAUUUAUGUUUCCUCAAAAAUUGUUUGGCUUUUAGGAAUAACAAUUUUUAUUUUAUCAACAGGCAAACAUCCUUUUAGUAAAAUAAACAAUGACAUGCAUAUUUUUUAUUUAAUUCAAAAUAAAAAAUUUAAUUUAAAUAGACAGUUUAUGCACUAUAAUUAUUUCUCUGAUUCUUUUAAAGAUUUACUUCAAAAAAUGUUAGAAAUUAAUUUUAAAAAAAGAAUUUCUUUCUUUGAUUUAUUUUUUCACCCUUUUGUGCUUUUCGGAUAA